AUGAUCGAGAGUGAUCCAAAGGAAGCAUAUAUGCUCUUCAGCCCAUGGGGCAAAAGAAAAGGUGGAUUCCUGGCUCGCAUGUUCGUUUUUGUGUUGGGGGCCUUGGAGAAUAUGGGAUUUGUAGCUAACAUGUCAACCAUGGUUCUGUAUUUUAAGCUUGUCAUGCAAUUUGAUCUAUCCGCUUCUUCAAACACUCUUACCAACUUCAUGGGUUCAGUUUGGCUUCUCUCUGUCCUAGGAGCCUUCAUCUCAGACACUUACUUAAGCCGACUCCAUACAUGUUUGACAUUUGGAACUAUGGAAGUACUUGCUUUGAUGAUGGUUACUACUCAAGCUUAUGCGAAAGACAUGCAUCCUGAUCCUUGUCGCAAGUCAAGUUGUGUCAAAGGUGGUAAAGCUUCCAUGUUUUACACCUCCCUUUGUCUAUUAGCACUUGGUGCAGGUGGAGUAAAGGGGUCUAUUGCAGCACUUGGUGCUGAUCAGUUUGAUCGUAAGGAGGAGAGAGGAAAGAAGCACCUAGCAAGUUAUUUUAACUGGUUUUUACUAAGUACAACCAUUGGAUCCAUAGUAGGAGUUACUGUGAUUGUGUGGGUUAGCAUGAACAAAGCUUGGUACUGGGGUUUUUUUAUUGGCACGAUGGCUGCCCUUGUUGGAUUCAUCUUUCUUGCUCUUGGAAAGUCCUUCUACAACUUCCAACCCCUAGGGAGAAGCCCUUUUUUGAAGAUUGCACAAGUUAUAGUGGUUGCAAUUAGAAACAGAAGGUUGUCAAUACCAAAAAAUACUGAUGAUCUGUAUGAGAUCAAUGAUGAAGAUAGAGAUCCAUCUGAAGAAAAGCUUUCACAUACUAGCCAAUUCAGGUUACUUGAUAAAGCUGCUAUUCUUCAUGAAGGCAUGACUCCAGAGCCAUGGAAAGUUUGCACAGUUACCCAAGUUGAAGAAGUCAAGAUCCUAACAAGGAUGCUGCCCAUUAUAGCAAGCACAAUUAUCAUGAACACAUGCAUGGCACAGCUGCAAACAUUCUCAGUGCACCAAGGGUACUUCACGGAUCCCUAUAUUGGCUCAUACAAGUUCCCUACAGCAUCAAUACCAGUAAUACCACUGGUUUUCAUGUCCAUCCUCAAACCCAUCUACGAGUUUGUCGUCGUCCCUUUCGCUCGAAAGCUUACCGGCCAUCCAUCCGGCAUCACACAGCUUCAACGAGUUACAGUGGGACUCGUUCUCUCUAUUAUUUCAAUGGCUGUAGCAGGCAUUGUAGAAGUGAAGAGAAGGAACCAGGCCAACAAAAACCCCUUGCAGCCCAUAAGCCUAUUCUGGCUUUCCUUCCAAUACGGCAUUUUUGGAAUUGCUGACAUGUUCACCAUUGUGGUACUACUGGAGUUCUUCUACAAGGAAGGUCCAUCAGGAAUGAGAUCACUGUCUACUUCAUUCACCUACUUGUCUCUAUCUUUCGGCUACUUCUUGAGCAGUAUAUUCGUCGACCUUGUAAACUCAAUCACCAAGAGGAUUACUCCAAGCAAACAAGGUUGGCUGCAUGGAGAUAACUUGAAUGAUAACAAGUUGAAUCUUUUUUAUUGGUUCCUAGCCAUUCUUAGCACCCUCAACUUUGCAAACUAUCUCUAUUGGGCGUCAUGGUACAAGUACAAGAAAGACACUUCUGCAGAGUCAGGGACAAAUCUAAGACACAGAAUGGAUCGAUCCUGCCAUGACAAUGAAGAAACAACUCAGAUUUUGAAAUAA